UGAAGGUCAAACCCUAAUCAUUAAUAAUAAAAAUCCAAGGUAUAUGAUAUUGAUUUCAUAUUUAAAUAAUGCAAACAGCACGCAGUUUUAAAAUUGUAUAAGUGCAGCGUUUUAGCCAUAUGCUUGUUGGAGAGUGGGCGGGCUACAUUGUCUAGUGCUCUGUUGUUAGAGAAACAGACGGGGGAAAAAUCUAGCAAGAUUAACGUUGCUGUCCUAAACCGGAUUCAUUCUGCCAUUAAUUGAAUGCAUGUCCCAUCGCACAGUCAACUCGAUCAAGUUGAUAGGUCUGACUAGGAGAAUACAAAAAUAAAGAAACGAUUUGUUAUCGGUGAUUUAGCAUGGCAGAAGCUCAUCAGGCUGUGGCCUUCCAGUUCACUGUUGGCCCAGAUGGCAUUGACCUUCAGCUCAGUCAUGAGGCCCUUCGUCAAGUCUACCUCUCUGGACUUCACUCCUGGAAGAAGAAAUUCAUCCGCUUUAAGAAUGGGAUUUUGAAUGGCGUUUACCCAGGGAGUGCACCAGGGUUCAUGGUGGUGUUGGCAGGGUAUUUGGGAAGAGCUCAUUAUUUAAAAGUGGACCCUUCGUUAGGCAUGUUCGUCAAACUUGGCAGACAUGUCCCAGUCAGCAGGUACAUGUCAACACAAAAGCAGAUGUUAGUUGGGGGUGUCAUGGUGGGCACAGGUCUGUGGAUUGCCGUCAUAUUCAGCAUGAGAACUGUUCUGAAAGGUUUGCUUUCCUGGCACGGCUGGAUGUUUGCUCCCCAUGGCAAAAUGACCUGGCAAAUUCGACUAUGGCUGGUGCUAGUGAAGAUUUUUUCUGGCAUGCAAACACCGAUGCUGAACAGUUUUCAGAACUCUCUCCCUCAUUUACCUGUGCCAUCUGUGAAGGACACCAUGAGAAGAUAUCUUGAGUCAGUUCAACCACUGCUGAGCGAUGAGGAACACCAACGAAUGCAGAGUCUUGCACUCGAUUUUGAGAAGAACCUUGGACCCAAACUUCAGUGGUACCUCAAGCUGAAGUCUUGGUGGGCCACCAAUUAUGUCAGUGACUGGUGGGAAGAGUAUAUCUACUUGAGAGGUCGUGGGCCAAUCAUGGUUAACAGCAACUAUUAUGUUAUGGACUUUCUUUAUGCAUUUCCCACACAUCUGCAAUCAGCAAGAGCCGGCAACGUCAUUCAUGCAAUCAUGCUUUACAGGAGGAAGCUGGACCGGGCUCAAAUCAAACCGCUUUUUGCGCUAAUGAACAGCGUUCCACUCUGUUCUGCCCAGUGGGAGCGGCUAUUUAAUACAUGCCGCGUCCCAGGCCAGGAGACGGACACAGUUCAGCACAUGUCUGACAGCAGGCAUAUUGUGGUGUAUCACAGAGGCCGUUACUUUAAAGUAUGGAUGUUUUAUGAUGGGCGGUUAUUGUUGCCACGGGAGAUAGAGCAACAGAUGGAAAGGAUUCUGGCUGACACCUCAGAGCCGCAGCCUGGAGAGGAAACCCUGGCCGCCCUCACCGCAGGGGACAGAGUGCCUUGGGCAUGCGCCCGUAAUGCCUACCUCAGACACGGCAAGAACAAGAAGUCUCUGGAUGCCGUGGAGAAGGCAGCUUUCUUUGUUACACUGGAUGACACAGAGCAGCGCUAUGAUCCAGCAAAUCCUGUGGAGACCCUGGACCGUUAUGCUAAAUCACUUCUCCACGGGAAGUGUUAUGACAGGUGGUUUGAUAAGUCCAUAAACUUAAUUGUCUUCAAGAAUGGAACCAUGGGCCUUAAUGCAGAACACAGCUGGGCUGAUGCUCCAAUCGUUGGCCACCUCUGGGAGCAAGUGCUCUCGAUGGACCCUGUUAAGCUGGGCUACACGGCAGAUGGCCACUGUAAAGGAGAACCUCACCCUAAUCUUCCCGGACCUCAAAGACUCCAGUGGAGCAUCCCAACUGAGUGCCAAACUAUGAUCGCUAACUCUCUGUCUGUGGCCGUGGCUUUGGCUGAUGAUGUGGACUCGCACAUCAUCCCCUUCAGUGACUUUGGGAAAGGCCUCAUCAAGAAGUGCAAGAUCAGUCCUGAUGCCUUCAUCCAGCUUGCACUGCAGCUGGCCCAUUAUAGGGACAAAGGAAAAUUCUGCUUGACGUAUGAGGCAUCUAUGACACGUUUAUACAGAGAAGGCCGUACAGAAACUGUGCGCUCUUGCACCAUGGAAUCCUGUGCUUUUGUCCGUGCCAUGAUCAGCAACAAAACGAGAGAAGAGAAGCUUCGUUUACUAACCCAGGCCGCUGAGAAACACCAGCAGAUGUAUAGACUGGCCAUGACUAGUCAGGGCAUUGACCGCCAUCUCUUUUGCCUCUACGUAGUGUCUAAGUACCUUGGACAGGACUCCCCAUUCCUCCAGGAGGUGCUGUCAGAGCCUUGGAGACUCUCCACUAGUCAGACUCCUUUUCAGCAGGCGGAGCUGUUUGAUCUGGUGAAUCACCCAGAGUAUGUGACCACCGGAGGAGGCUUUGGACCGGUGGCAGAUGACGGUUAUGGUGUGGCCUAUGUGAUUGUUGGCGAAAAACUCGUCAAUUUCCACAUCUCUUCCAAGCAUUCCAGUCCAGAGACGGACUCUCAUCGCUUUGGAAAUAAUAUCAGGCAAGCAAUGCUUGAUAUGCUGAAUCUGUUUCAGCUUGACACAAAGAACCUGAAGUAAUUUGACUGGUGAAAGGAUUACGCUUUUAAUGACUCGUGUCGCCCUAAUUAUAUAUAAGCAGUAUUGAGAGAAGCUUGAAUUUUUUUUUUUUUUUUUUUUUUUUGUGCUUGUGUUGUCUUGUUUGUUUGCAUGUGUCUGUGAGAUGCAGCAUAUGAAGGAGAGAAGUAGGCAGGGAGCGUAAGAAUCUCAUUCUGCUGGUGCCUUAACAUACGUCUUAACUGAACAGUUCAGUGCAGGUGAUCUGAAGUAAAACUGCAUUUCAAUGCCACGACUGCUUUUGCUUUCAGUAUAUAUUUUGCUGAGAUGUACAGUUUCGUAGAUAUUUCAAUAGAUGACUUUCUUUUGACAAGGAGCAUAAAAAACGCUUGGCUGAAGUGUUGAGCUUAGAAAUCAAGCAGUACGCUGCUUUCCUUUUGCAUUCUGAUAUUUACAGUUGUUCAGAUUCAGUAUUAAGUAAUGAAGGAAAAGAUGAGAUCGUGCGGGUGACAGGUGUCCGAAUUAACAAAAGUGUGCACUCUUUUAUGAUCUAUUUUGCUCGCGCUUUAACCUAAUUCUAUGGGUUGGUUUUGUGUUGAUUCGGUAUUGAAAGGUCACCACAUUUUAAUGUGGGUUGUGUUAACGCUUAUCAGAGGCUUUUUCACAUUAACUGUAAAUGUAUUUUUAUUUUAUGUUAUUUCAUUUCUUCAUCAUAUUUUAUGUUCUGUUUUGAGUGGAUUCACUGUAAAAAAAAAAAAAUGGGGGAAAAAAUAUCUCUUGUAUUCUAAACUUAGUUAUUUAUUUUGUACUCCUAAUAAUGUGUUAAUAAGUAAUUCAUUGGUGUCCUCUCAAAUUACAUGUACAUUUAUUUGGAAAUUCAGGAUAAGCAUUAAACAUACUAUCAACAACAAUAAUAAUGUGAAUAAUG